UAUUCUUCUCUCUCUCUCUCUCUCUUCUCUCCUAUUUUCUUCUCGCCGGAGAUUCAAUCGGAAAAUUAACAAACCGUUUAUGGAUUGCCGGAGAUUCCUUUCAUCCGCCGUCUCCGCCGCCGUUAACAACCGAUCUCCGAUCUCUUUAUUCACUCCUUGGAUACGAUAUCUCCGGUUCAGCUUUUCCUGAUUUUUUCGUAUUCCUAACAAGUUUAAACUCUUUCAGUAAAGCUAUCAUUUUUUCCCAAAACCCGGAGCCGGAAUUUAAGCUUGAAUUAAGGAGAAGUGGUGGUGUGGCGCUUAAAAUGAUUUAAGUGCUUUCUAUCUCAACUUAAAGAUGGCUGCUUCUACUGAGUGUGACAAGCCCUCUACAUAAGAAAAUGUCUGGGAGGAAGGAUAAGACUUCUGAGGUGUGUCAAAAGCUCAAGGAAAUCCAUCCAUGGGCUGAUGACACCUUGAUUGUGGAUGUCAUGGCUGGCGUAAAUGAUUUCAGUACGGCCUUAACAUUGUUGGAAGCAAUGGUGUCUCCCGAUAAUGGAUUUGAUAUUGACAAACCCUUGUCUGGUUGGGCUGCAUUUGACCUUAAUGAGAGACUGAAGCAACAAGAUAUUGAGCCAGAGCCUGAAAGAGAAACCUUCCCUCACUUAUCCGUUCCUGCCACUUCAUUAAGUGAUCCAUCUCAAAGCAUUGGAGCAAUGCUGGAGAAGCCUUUUCCAUCCAUGCUGGUACCAUCUGUAAGUUCUCCAUCUUUAAUGGCUAAUAAAGGGUCUGAUGCAAAUCUUAUACAAGUUGGCAAUUCUCGUCUCAGCCAGAGUGAUGGUUUUAUCAAAGAAAGAGAUUUUCAUGAGGUGUGUCAAAAGCUCAAGGAAAUCCAUCCAUGGGCUGAUGACACCUUGAUUGUGGAUGUCAUGGCUAGCGUAAAUGAUUUCAGCAUGGCCUUAACAUUGUUGGAAGCAAUGGUGUCUCCCGAUAAUGGAUUUGAUAUUGACAAAUCCUUGACUGGUUGGGCUGCAUUUGACCUUAAUGAGAGACUGAAGCAACAAGAUAUUGAGCCAGAGCCUGAAAGAGAGACCUUUCCUCACUUAUCCGUUCCUGCCACUUCAUUAAGUGAUCCAUCUCAAAGCAUUGGAGCAAUGCUGGAGAAGCCUUUUCCAUCCAUGCUGGUACCAUCUGUAAGUUCUCCAUCUUUAAUGGCUAAUAAAGGGUCUGAUGCAAAUCUUAUACAAGUUGGCAAUUCUCGUCUCAGCCAGAGUGAUGGUUUUAUCAAAGAAAGAGAUUUUCAUGAGGUGUGUCAAAAGCUCAAGGAAAUCCAUCCAUGGGCUGAUGACACCUUGAUUGUGGAUGUCAUGUCUAGCGUAAAUGAUUUCAGCAUGGCCUUAACAUUGUUGGAAGCAAUGGUGUCUCCUGAUAAUGGAUUUGAUAUUGACAAAUCCUUGACUGGUUGGGCUGCAUUUGACCUUAAUGAGAGACUGAAGCAACAAGAUAUUGAGCCAGAGCCUGAAAGAGAGACCUUUCCUCACUUAUCCGUUCCUGCCACUUCAUUAAGUGAUCCAUCUCAAAGCAUUGGAGCAAUGCUGGAGAAGCCUUUUCCAUCCAUGCUGGUACCAUCUGUAAGUUCUCCAUCUUUAAUGGCUAAUAAAGGGUCUGAUGCAAAUCUUAUACUAGUUGGCAAUUCUCGUCUCAGCCAGAGUGAUGGUUUUAUCAAAGAAAGAGAUUUUCAUGAGGUGUGUCAAAAGCUUAAGGAAAUCCAUCCAUGGGCUGAUGACACCUUGAUUGUGGAUGUCAUGUCUGGUGUAAAUGAUUUCAGUACGGCCUUAACAUUUGUCAUGUCUGGUGUAAAUGAUUUCAGUACGGCCUUAACAUUGUUGGAAGCAAUGGUAUCUCCUGAUAAUGGAUUUGAUAUUGACAAAUCCUUGACUCCAAAAGAAGCAGAUACUCCCUCCAUGCAAAAGCUUAGAGAAGUAGACACAGAUACUGAAGGAGUGAAGUCUAGUAAUAAGGAUUCUUUUACGACCACUAGUAAAUUUGCUGCUACAGACAGCAUGAAUCUAGACGAAUUGAGCGAUGCACUUGCUAAGUGUCUUCAGAGCAACAGUCGAGAACUAAUGAGCAACUGUGUUUCUCAUGAGAACAAACUUCAUUUUGAUGGAGCAAUGGGGAGUAUGAUGUUUGUACCGGUUGAGCCUGAGUGGGAAGAGGAUGAUAUUUACUCGAUCCAUCGGAAGGACGCCAUGAAGAUGACAAGGUCAGCAGCUCAACAUUCUAAGGCUGCCAGUGAGGCCUAUCGCAGAGGUGACCACGUAUCUGCCCAACAUUUUUCUCUGAAAGCCAAAGAAGAGCGGGUUGUUGCUAACAGGUUAAAUUCCCAGGCAGCAAAGAAAAUUUUGAUUGCCCGCAACUGUAAGAAUGAUCAAUGGACAUUGGACUUGCAUGGUCUUCAUGCAACAGAGGCAGUUCAAGCCUUACAAGAACAUUUGCAAAAGAUCGAAUCUCAGAUGACACAGAAUCGUGCUGUCCAUGUGAAUCAAGUGAACUUAUUCGAGUCUACAGGCCGUAAUGUGAACUUAUUCGAGUCUGCAGGCCAUAAUGUGAACUUAUUCGAGUCUGCAGGCCAUAAUGUGAACUUAUUCGCGUCCCUAUUGAAUAAGCAGCGACCAGCUUUCUUGGAGGUCAUUACAGGUAAAGGUAUUCAUAGCCGGGGACAACCUGCCCUUCCAACGUUUAUAAGAAGCUUUCUCAUGGAGAACGGAUAUCAUUAUGAGGAGAGAAGGCCUGGAGUGAUCACAGUUAGACCCAAGCUCCGACCACGAUAAAUACAUUUAUAUGAUAUAUUAUCUAUUCUAUUAACUUUAUUGAGAGAUCUUUAGUCUUGAACUGGUCGGAGACCAAAAUCGUGCUGUGGUCAUUUGUAUAUCCUAUUGAAUAAAUUCAUGGCCUAACAUUAGUGUGUUACAAACUUACAAUUAUAUGUUUGAUCACUCGUGGACACAA